CUCCCUUUGUUUCAAAAUUCUCUACAUUUUUUCUCUGUCUCACUUUCUCCUUCAUUAAUUUCACACACAUAUUUAUAGUCUCACAAAUAUAUAUAUUUAAGAAAAAACAACUACAUGGCGGAAUUAGAAUAUCGUGUGGGUUCUAAUACGAGUGGUCGUUUAAAAUUAUUUGGUUUCAACGUGAUAGAAGAUCAGGAACAAGAGGUUGAGUCUACGAAAACGUUAUCAGGGUCGCCGGAAUCCGGUGAGUUUCCGGCGAUCGAUGGCCGGAAAUAUGAGUGUCAAUAUUGUUCUAGGGAAUUUGCAAAUUCACAAGCUUUAGGUGGACAUCAAAAUGCUCACAAAAAAGAAAGGCAACAAUUGAAACGUGCCCAAAUUCAAGCUAGUAGAAAUGCUUAUAUGAGGAACCCGAUUAUCUCCGCCUUCGCUCCGCCAUCCCACCUCCUCGCUCCGCCGGGUACCGUGGUGUUUCCGGCGUCGACAAAUCCAUCAUGGGUUUAUGUACCACGCGCCGCUCCAUCCUUCCACGUGUCGAAUGGCGGGAGGGGUGUAGGGAACUUUCACUACACCAGUGGUAUAGCGGAGCCCAACUUAACAAGUGUUGGGCCUCAAUAUGUUAAGGCCCAUAGUGGUAGAGUUGGUGGAAAUAAUGGGCCUUCAUUGAAUAGUAUGUCUAGACCGGAUUUCGGGCCCAAUUUCGAUGACACCUUUGGAUUGGAUCUACAUCUAAGCCUUGCGCCAGCCGGGUCAUAGAAAUAACGUUUACUGGUCACUCGUUUUUCCUAUCUUCGAAAAAUAGUUAUUUUUAUAGAGUUGUUGAAAUUUCAAGAUAUUUCGACUCUGUCUUUGAAAAGUAGCCAAGAUUUCAAAUUUCACAUGUGAAACUUGUGUACAGUGUUUCAAUUGGUUAAGAUUUCAAAUUUCACGGAUGAAACUUCCGUACUGUGUUUCAAUUAUAAGAAUUGAAAUGUGGCUAUUUGUGAAUUUACGUCGGCUCGCGGCUUGGCUCGGAUAUAAUCUAUGGGAGAGUAGAAUUAAUUUAUCCUAAAAAUGGGAUCUUGUACAUGUUAAAAUUAUUUAUUUAGUUUUUCAAUAUUAAAGAAAAAAAUUCAUUAUGUGCA